AAGAAACAUACAAUGCAGCUGAGAUAAAUAUAUUGAAUUUUUUUUCUUAUUUGGGAAACAAUGUAUAUGGGUUGCCGGAGAGUUAUCUAUGCCACCAUUUUAGUGGCGGCCACACUGUGGGGGCGGUCGGAGGCGGGCCGGGCUUUCUUCGUGUUCGGGGACUCGCUGGUGGACAACGGGAACAACAACUACCUGAUCACCUCCGCCCGGGCCGACUCUCCGCCCUACGGCAUCGACUACCCCACCCACCGCCCCACCGGCCGCUUCUCCAACGGCUACAACAUCCCCGACCUCAUCAGCGAAGCGAUGGGAUCAGAGGCAACCAUGGCGUACUUGAACCCGGAGCUCAAGGGUGAAAAGCUGUUGGUUGGCGCCAAUUUUGCUUCCGCCGGCGUCGGAAUCCUUCCCGACACUGGCUUUCAGUUUGCAAACAUAAUAAGAAUUGGACAACAGUUGCAGAUGUUCGAGGCAUACCAGGCGAGAGUGACAGGUUUGAUAGGAAGGGAGGCGGGAGUGAGGCUCGUAAACCAGGCGCUUACGCUCAUUUCCCUCGGUGGCAACGACUUCGUCAACAACUACUUCUUGGUCCCGAUCACCGCCCGUCGCCUGCAGUUUAACAUUCCCAACUACUGUCGGUACCUCGUCUCCGAGUAUCGCAAGAUCCUGAUGAGGCUAUAUGAGUUGGGAUGCAGGAGGGUUCUGGUGACUGGGACGGGCCCCAUCGGGUGCGUCCCGGCCGAGCUUGCCCGGAUGAGCACAAACGGGCAGUGCGCGGCGGAGCCGCAGGAGGCGGCGGCGGUGUUCAACCCGCUCCUGGCCCAAACGCUGGCGGACCUCAACCGGCAGCUCGGCGCCGACGUCUUCGUCUCGGUCAACGCCAUGCGGAUGCAGGAGGACUUCGUCGCGAACCCCGAGUCCUACGGGUUCGUGACGUCCAAGGUGGCGUGCUGCGGGCAGGGUCCGUACAACGGGAUUGGGCUCUGCACGGUGGCGUCCAACCUCUGCCCGAACCGGGACCAGCACGCGUUCUGGGACCCGUUUCAUCCAUCCGAACGGGCCAACCGGAUCAUCGUCCAAUCCAUUUUGACCGGAGCAAAUCACUACAUCUCUCCUAUGAAUUUAAGCGCCAUUUUGGUCAUGGAUUCAAAUGAAGCCACCGUGAGGGUAGGCGGCAGCCGGAGGGCGGUGGCCGGAAGACGGCCAUCGUCAUUUCCUGUCGCUCCUCCCAGUUACAACAAGCGCUACUACGGAAGCAAAUCCGGCGCUUACGACGAGGCAAAGUCCGCCGCGUCGAAAGGAGCCGACGCCGCCAACAAAGUCGCCCACCAAAUCAAACACGACGCUUCCUCCGCCGCGGAUGAGGGCGUGCACAAGGCAAAAGCAAUGGGGGAGAAGUUGUCGGAGGCGGCGAACGAUCUGGCCGGAAAGGCAAAACAGACGGCGCAAGAUGCGUGGGAUGCCGUUAAGGACACAACCCACAAGAUCAAAGACGACGUCGGGAACAAGGCCGAUGAAACCAAAGACGCCGUUCGCAAACAUACCAACUAGCGCCCCAGCCCGUUUUCGAUUCUAAAUAAGUGUCGAUUAUAGCUUUUAAAUACAUUAAUGUUGAAAUGAUCAUAGACAUAACGUCUGCAUGUCUAUAUUUAUUCAACUUGUAAUGUAUGUAAAAAAAAUUAUAAUAGACCAUUAUUUUAAAAUGUAGAAAGUAUCUCAUAAUCCUAAUGAGAUAAUAAUACUAUAAAUGAAGCUUUCCCAAAUUA